AUGGCCGAAAACAAAAGAAAAGCGCCGACGGCUGAUGAUAGGGACAGAGGCUUCAAGCGUAGUAAGGGCGGCCCAGGCGGCACAGGAAAGUGGCAAACGCCAAAUCAUAAAGCAAAGUCAGAAGCUUUCAGCCGUGGGCAUGGUACAAUCGCACCUGGUGAUGCGGGUAUAUGGGCCACAUGUGCUCGGAGAAUGGAAGGAAGAGCUACCACUGAACUUAAAGCUCUCCUGUACCAGUAUGCUGAGAAAUUCUACGGUCUCACUGAAGAAGGUGGAGAUGAGGAGGACGAAGAUCUCGAUAUAGAAGCUGCUAUUAAGAAAGAAACAGCUGCUUUGACUGAAGACAAGCAGAGCACGAGGUUAUUUUCCGCAGUCCGGAUUGACAUUGAAUGUGUCAUGUUCUUCAGAGUCCAGCCGUCAAUAGAUCCGGUCGAUUUAUGUCACCGGAUCGCACUGGAUAUAUCUUCGAAUCCCGACAAAAAGUUGACGAGAUAUGUGAAUCGGAUCUCGCCGAUGACACUAAUGGGCAAGGCGAAUGAAAAAGGGCUUGAAGAGGUUACAACAGCCGUCUUGAAGCCUUAUUUCCAACUCAAUGGUCAAGAAGAGUACACAGAAUCUGAACAGGAAGUCAAAAACUCCGAACGCCCGAGUUAUACAUACUCUAUUCGUCCCACAAUAAGGAACCACAACACAUUGAAACGCGACGUUGUGAUAGAAAAGAUCGCCUCGUCAAUCGGCGACAUGCACAAAGUCAACCUCACUAAGCCCGAUAAGGUCAUUAUAGUCGAGAUCUACCAGACUGUAUGUGGUAUGAGUGUUGUCGAUGGUGAUUGGGAAGACCUUAAGCGGUAUAACCUGGCAGAGCUGUAUACAGCACCGUCAAAAAAGCUUCCUGCGUCCGAGGAGGUGGUCAACCAAGAAAAUUUAAAGAAAAGCGAGGUUUCGACAGCGGCUGGUACCGACAGUGUGGAGCCGAACUAA